CAGAACUUGUAAAGCCCAGUCAGCAGCCUCAUACAAAAUACAAAUGGCGGCCGGUUGAUAAAAAAAAAAAAAAAACAACUGAUGACCAGAUAAAACGUUUGUCGCUGUCUCUACACAAUAUUAUAAGCGCAAUGACGACCUUGAAAUCACCUAAUCGUCAGUCAAGCUUCGAAUAUUUUUCUCCAUUUAAUGCUGUCCUCAGUUCUGUUGGGGCCCAACACGAGAAAGCCCUAAAGCAAGCUUUCUAUAACACGGUUGCUCUGGUUUUCGUCUCUCUCGUCGGUGCAGCUGCUGUUGCCGUUUAUUUUGUGAUGGAGCCAUUCCUGAGGCCGUUAUUAUGGGCUGGAUUGUGCGGCGCUUUUCUCCACCCCUUCAAGAGAACGCUUACUCGGAUAUUCCGGGGAUGGCUGAAGUCAAUGAGUUCUUCCAAUACGCCUCUAGUUGUCGGGGCGGCUGUUUUGCCAUUCCAACUCUUGAACAAUUGCUCGGAUGUCCUAGGGGGAUUCAUAGCGCGUAGAUUUAGACUGAUAGUAAUGGCGAUACUACUUUUGCCGAUUGUUUACGGGCUGUACGUGUUUCAGCCAUUCUUAGAGAUUCUGAGGUUUGUGCAAAAUAUUGGCCUUCUGAUGUAUAAUGUGAUGGAAUACUUCACCAAUCCAUUCAUGGUUUGGUCAAUUGUUAUUGGCUACACUGGGGCGUUAAUCUUCUGGUGGUCACCUUCCACAUCUAAGGUUCUGCAUAUCCUAUCAGUACCUGUUUGGUUGGCAUUUCUGAUCCACAUAGCUUCUAUUGCUGGGCCUUACAGGGUACCCCUAUUCCUUCUUGUAGCAGUGUUGUCAAUUGUAGGGCUCAUUGCAGAAGAAGUUAAACCCAAGGAUGAAGUUGACAACAAGACAAACAAUGACAACCCACAGACAAAGCGCCAUAGUAUCUUCCAAGGUCUGACAGUUGCAGCUGCAGCCUUAGCAUCCCCUCUAGAGGUUGACUCGGAUGACUCGACCUGCACUAAUGAGGAUUCACCCAAAGCAACACAGCACACUAGCGAAACACCCUUCCCAGCAACACCAAAGGAUAUCACUGAUGGCAAGGCAUACAGCAGGCUGCAGAGACUUCGACAACUGAAGCAAACAAGAGUUAAGAUCAAAAAGUCAUCCAAGUCUAAGCGAUCCAGCCGGCCAUACCUGAUUGCUGUUUUGUGGGGAAUUGUCAUUACAAGGCUAUGGAUCCAUGCCUGGAUUCUCCAGCUUCUACCCAUACCUAUCGCAAUAUACCUUAUCAAGCUGGUGGUAGUGUGGAGUGGUGCAUGGGCAUGUAUGUGUGAGUGGGCUGAGGGGUUGAUUGACAGGCUCAAGACUUGGGUUCUUGUAAGAAAGGAUGCCCUGGUCCCUCCGCCUUUGAGAGGGCUUGCUAAAAUGAUUAUAACAGGGGACCAAAAGGUCAAUUUGUUGAUGGAGAUGUCAAUUGAUAACUUGAUGAGUGUGUUCAUUGUUCUCUGCUUGAUUGUUGUCAGUAUUGUUGUCACUGUUUUAUUGGCUGUGCAGGUGCAUCACGAAAGUGUUUACUUGGUGACAGUGACUGGAAAUCUUGUGAAUGACUUUGUGAAGAACAACCCCCAACUUGUUGAAUGGAUCACAGAAAAUGCUGAGCUGAAAAAGACAUUUGAUGCAAAUCUCGAAAGAGCUUACAUGUAUGGUAGAAAGUGGAUAGCUUCAAAGGUGGAAAAAUUCCUGGGUGGGCAAAGUGGGAACUCGACUCAGCUGCAGCAGACAGUAUUGGAGCUGACAGACCGUUUCUACCAUGCUUGGAUCGGAGGGAAAAAUGACACAUUGAAUCACAAAAGUGUUAAUGGCAGUAGAGUUCCCAUGGUCCACUCUAAAGCCAACAUGACAUCAAGUAUAUCAUGGCUGGGAAUGAUGAACUGGUUUCGUCGGGAAGGCAUCAAUUUUGAUUUUACUGCCCUGUUUUCAGUUGUACGAGAAAAUCUAGGAAUUCUUAUGUCUUUGCUGGAAUCAGUAUGGAUGAUAGUCAAGGGAAAUGUCAGCAUGGUCAUCAAUCUGGUAACAAUGGUAUUAUCCUUGGUUUUCUUCAGUGGCACUUAUGUACUCAAUGCUGGAUUAUCAAUGGUUGUGUUCAUGACGGCACUGUUCUACCUACUCAGCACUUCUGGCGACCAAUAUAGACCGGUUGAGUGGUUUGGACAAAUGUCAGCAUCGGGUACAGCAGGGUUUGGUGAAUCUCUAUACAAGGCCAUCAGGGAUGUGUUUGGUGCUGCGUUGAAGAUGGCAACAUUCUAUGGGCUGUACACUGUACUUACGCAUACCAUAUUUGGUGUCAAUAUAGUGUUCAUCCCUUCAGCUAUAGCUGCUGUCACCUCUGUUGUUCCCUUUGUGGGGACUUACUGGGCCGCCGUACCUGCAGUAUUGGAGUUGUGGUUGGUCCAUGAAGAUAGUGUGCGGGCAAUUAUUCUGGCAGUCUGUCAUGUUCUACCCACCUAUGUUGUAGACACUGCUAUAUACAGUGAAAUCUCAGGGGGCGGCCACCCCUACUUGACUGGUCUCGCAGUGGCUGGAGGAAUAUAUUGCGUUGGCUUGGAAGGUGCCAUUAUCGGUCCCAUAGUGCUUUGCUGUCUCAUUGUGGCAUGCAACGUGUACGGUAGCAUGAUACAGGAAGGAAGCCCUUCGGGUGAGCCCACACUGAUGUCAGCGGUGGAUGGGGCGCGCGUCCCGAACGGGAGGGGCCUGGAAACUGAGUACAAAAGGACCCCCCGCACUCCAUUUUUAGGGGCGCACCAGAGCCAAAGUUUUAACUUGUAGAUGAAUCGUACGACAGACGACAUUUUUGUAAUUGUACCUUAUUAUGAUUAUUAAAAAUAAUGUCACACAA